AUGGAGGAUCAUGUGAAGUAUGUCUACUUGCGCAGCGCAGCAGAGCGUGUCAUCAGUUGUCUUCAGACCAUAACGGUCUUUCAUACUGCCCGAAUCGUGGCCGUGGGCGGUUUCGCCGUUAAAAGUUACAUCCCCGGGAGAAAGACGAAGGACGUGGAUUUUCUCAUCCAGAUGGAUCCGCCAGCCGAUGACCCGGAAAUGCCAGAACGACCAUCUGGUAUGCAACAGCGUUUCCCGAAGGAAUUGCUCCCAGCAUUUCCAAACCUGUUCCGACAGUGUAGCGACAUUUUUGAGGUAUGGGCUAGAGGCCCACAGGGCAACGGGGGUCAAUACGUACAGAUCGACUUUGUUUCCAGCCAUUUGGUUAGUGUUUACCCAUGUCGCGGCCAUUAGUUUUGACGAACAUCGUGUUGACCAGGAGGCUUUUACAAGAGGGUUAUGCUUCAAGUCCUAGAGCGUCGCGCAUGGUCGUGUAUAUAUGCCAGAAGUUAGUUUCAUAUAUAUCGGACGUGAGAUUUGAGUCUUGACUUUCAUGUUGAAGAGCAAUCAGCAAAUGCCGAUGGUUACAAACCAGUAUGAAAC